AUGGCCAAACCAAAGAAAGGCGCCAAGGUUAAAAACCAGACCACAAAAAAAGCUGCCCCGCCGCAAACCCCACCUUCUCCUCCGCGGCCGGCUACCCCGCCUCCCCCGCCUCCGACGAUGCUCUCCAAGAAUGAACAGGUUCGUGCAGUCUGGAAGGACUUCUUUGCUUCAUGGUACACGCCCGAAGCAGUCUCUUAUAGCAAAGACGUUGACGCCAUUGACUCAAAUAUCCUCUUCACUACUGACUCAGAGAGGCAGGACGAGCGUCUUCGUCUUGACGAAUCGCUUCGAGACAGGGCCAAGACUGAGUGGGAGCGAAGAUUGGAAGAGAAAGGCCUUCGCGAGGCUGACUGGAUUGAUAUCACGCCGCCUGAAAUGGUGGUAACGUUCAAGGUCUUGUUCGGCGUUGAGGUAAGCGAGGAAGAUGUUGUCAAGCAUGUUCAACCAGAAAUCCAACCUCCACCUCAACCCGAACCCACUCCCAUCAUUGAACCAUCUCCCAGCCCCAGCACACCGGUGGCAUCCUCUUCCUCCCAAAAACUUCCCAUCAUCGCCACCGCCACUAGGAUCAAUCCCUCUGCACCGCUAACCACAGAAGUGCGGUCAACCAACUUAUCCACUUCAGCCUAUGCCAUAGUCAAUCCUGCGUCGUUUGGCGUAGGAGCGUAUGAUGAAGAUGACGACGAAGACGCUGACGGCGAAGCAGGCUUCGACCUCCUCGAGGCUUUUGAUACUGAUUCUGCCGUCUCACCUACGUCCAGUCAAUCUACAACCUGGUGGAAUGGCGCUGACUCCCUGCAGACGUCACCAAGUACUUCUCCUUCCUCUAAACCCGUCGUCGUUGAUUACCCGACCCCGGAGGACCGUUUCCCGCGUACCAUGUCCGUUUCACCUCCACGUCAAGUGCCUGUCGAACUCUGGAAGCCACCAGCUCCAGAAUCCGUUACUCCCUCCAGUCGUAAUCCAUUCGCGUCACCCAUCUCCUCAGACGAAGAUGUGUCUAAGAUCUCGGAGUGGUUCGAAGCUCUCAAAUCAGAGGAAGACCCACCUAAGGUUCAACUACAGCGUGGAGUUUCGGACACACUCCCCUCUGAACGGCUUGACACUUUGAGGAUCGAAACCGAAGAAUCGUUUCAGAGAAGACAUGACCAAACUCGUCGCGUCCGCCAGGCGCCGCAACUGGAACCGUCUUGUGCCUCCCCUCCCAUUGCUCACUUUUCGGUUCCGCCUCUCUUUACAUCGGCCUUGUCUGCGGUAACAGCCGCAGCGAAUUCUUCGUCCUCUUCACGCUCUAAACAGACGACACGUUAUAUCGGUCCAGUCAUUGUCGAUCCUCAUGACUAUGGCCUUCUUCACCCCCAAGAGAAAUAUUCUGCUCCAGAGCGUUCCCUCAAACAGAUGGAAAACGAGUUUGAAGAGUUCAAAAUGAGCGUUCGAUUUAAAAUGAUAGAGGAGUUCCACAUGGAUGCUAUCAAGCACGAACGUACUCUCGUACAGGACAUUUCGCAGGGUGAGGACCCUACAGCACGGAUGGUGCAGCAUGAGGUUCGAAUGUUGCAGUUGCAGCGCGACAAGGAGGACAAGCGCAAGAAACUGGUUGAUGAAGAGAGGCAGAAACGACGACGAGAGAUUCGUGAGAAAGACGAGGAAGCUCCGAAAGCGAAAGCCCUAGAGGCGUUCAAACGAGAACAAGAGAUGGCUAGAAGGAAGGAGCAGGCCAAGAGAGAGGAGGAAAGGCGGAAGGAGGAGGACCUGCAAAGAAGAGAGGAGGAAAUGCGACGCAGAGAGCUCGAGAUUCGAAGGAAAGAGGAGGAGAUGAAGGAGCGUGAACGGUUGGAGCGGGAGCAGUUGGAAUUCUUUAAGCGAGAGCAUGCCUCAAAGAAGAAGGCGGAGGAGCGCGCGAAACGUGAGAGAGUGGAUCGUGAGCGCGAGCGCGAACUGAGGGCUGCUCAGGAGCUCAGCGAUAGAGAGGUGGCGAUGAAGUUGCAGGAGAAGUUAUCGAGAGAGGUUGAGCGGGCGAGAGUGCCAGAAAAAUUGUCGAGGGAGAUGCUGACGUUCGCGCGAGAACAGGAGAGAGUGCGGGAGAAGAGAAGAGGAGAAGUCAAGUUGUCAAAAGAGAUGGAGACUUUCUUGCGGGAGCAGGAGAAGCAUGAGCGUGAACGUCAGGAACGUGAAGCGAGGUUGCGACGGAAGGAUGAUGAAAGGGCCAAGGAGGGUGGGGAAGGUAAGCGAGCUAAGGACGUGGAGGAGGCCUUUGCUCGCGAACAGGAGAAAACCCGGGAGCAUGACCGACAGAGGUCGCACUCCAGAUUGGAUGAUUUUGACACCACCCUCCGUCCUAACGAGCAUCUAUAUUGGCGACCCAGUAUCGCUUCUGACAAGGGAAUAGCCCAACAUAAAAAGUCCCAACCAUCCUUUUUCGAAUCUGACCCCAUCGAACGACCUCCAACAACCAGUGGCUGGAAAGUCAAAUCUUCAGCGGAUAUCUCGAAGGUCAAGGCACUGGACCCUCCCGCAGCUCGUGCUGUUGUCGAUGAAAGUCGAACCAAGACGCCGCGGUCGGGUGCUGUCAGGCAUGAGAGUACGGCAUCACUUCCUGUAGUCGAUAUAUCUCGAAUGAGACCCCAGUCACAAGCCUCUGUCUAUCAUCACCCCAAGUCGUCAUCUUUGCGAUCGUUGGAGGCGGAGAACAGCAGCGCUAGUUCAUCAAAGCUCACUCUCGAUCACAUGAGAGAACCGCUACCCCCUCCGAAGCUCACGUCCUCGUCGACCUCUCAGAAGCUCAGUUCGACAACGCCCCUCCCAGACAAUCGGACCAUCUGGCUGCCAAAAGCUCAUCACGAAAGUCGAGAUCAUAUGUCGAGAUCGACCGUGAUUGAAAAGACGCAGUCAAUGCCCGAAACGCAUCAGGUGCAUGUCAGAGCUCGAACAACGUCAGAUCCCAGUCCGCCGACUCCUGUUGUGCCGCCUAAGCCCUUGGCUGAAUCAAGGGCGCCAGCGAAGAGUAAGGGCAAGACGAACGUAAUGCUGGAAGAAGUACCAGAUGAUGAGGAUAUCUACAGUGACAAGGAUGUCCUGCCUGCCGAUUCGACGGCGAUUAUGUUGUCGAACCUCGAGCCUGAGGCUCCGAGGUUGGUUGAUGCCCGGGAGAAGCGUGUGCGAUGGACGGAGAGUGUCUCGGGAGGUAGUCCAAUGUCUGAUGCGACGGUUUUGCCAGCUGAGCAUGGAGGGAAGGCUAGAAUGAAUAGUGUGCGACCGCAAGCUAAAUGGGGAGAGACAGCGAGGAAAGGAGUCGAAGACUGGCGACUGUGGACAGUGCCGACUUCCUCCAUGUAA